GGUGGAGGGGAGAAAAGCAUAGAAUGGACACUGGAGGGGCUGAGUGGGGAAAAGGACCCUUGUAAAAAAGAGAGGGACGGAGAGGGGAGAUAGAGGAAGGAACACAACCAGAGAGGCGAGAGAGACAGAGAGACAGAGAGAGAGAGAGAGGGAGGGAGAGAGGGAAAGAGGGGAGGGAGCAAAGAGGGUUAUCUCUUCUAGAGUUGUUUGUGCAAACGGUGCAGGGGAGAAGUUGUGGGAAAGUAAACAGAAGAGGAGGAUUCCAAUCUGUUUUUCAGCCACUUGCUCUUGCAGGGGACCCCAAAGAUGACUGUGCUGGACCCGGCAGCGUGCUAACAACUCAGAGUUUAUGGGAUUAAAGUGUCACCGGGGUGUGCCUGAAGCUUCUUGGAGGACAUACUGCUGAAGACAAGGAGGGAUUAUGUCUACUGUGAUGGCUCAACAGCAACCUCCAAAAGAGGAUGAAGAGGAGGAAGAUGAGGAGCAAGGGGAAGCGUUUUCGUUUGAGGACAGUGAGGAUGAGGAGAAACUUGAGGAGAACAGUAAAGGGAUCACCACUGAAUCUGCAAAAUCUGUCCAGUUGUCGAAAAAGGAGGAGAGUGAGACCUCCGGCGGUGUGUCACAAACAGGCACAGACUGCACACAACCUGUUACACCUGCGCCUCCUGCUGGACAGGAGGGCAUCCUCCCCGAGGGUGUAGCUUCAAUUUCUCCUGCAGAUGUUCCCGUUACUGAGUCACCCAGCGGGGACUCGGCAGCAGCAGCCGAGCCCAGUACCUCGGCGUCUGGUGUGGGAGAGGAGCUCCGGGGGCUUCCAGUUGUGCCGCCAGCUGUGGGGACGCCGACUGAUUCAGGAGAUCACAGCGAAGCAAUCGGCAAGGAAAGCUCAGACUCCAGGGACACCUCUGAAGCUUUAUGUGCGGCCCAAGCCGAGCCACAGACGGAGGAGCCUUCCGAGGUGAUCUACGAUGACGUUCCAAGCGAGGACCCCCUCUCUCCCGAUGCAGACAUGAUCUAUGAAGAUGUUCAGCGAGACAUCGGUCCUCCGGAUGCCGACCAUGCGUGGAGUUCCAGUGAGUUCGAAAGCUACGACGAACAGUCCGAUAACGAGACCAAACUACCAACACGGAGCAAGCUCGCUCCUGAAGUGUGUCGGCUGAGGGAUCGCUGUGCCAGGACCAAACGUGAACUGGCCAUGAGGCUGUCUGGCAAGCACAACUAUGACAUCAAGGUUCAGCAGCUCAUGAAGGCGGCGCGAAGCGGAACGAAGGACGGGCUCGAAAAGACCAAGAUAGCCGUCAUGCGAAAAGUUUCCUUCCUCCAGAGAAAAGAUCAAUUGGAAGAGGAGGAUGACGCAGGAUACCUGGAUGUAGCUAUGUCCGAAGUGAAGCAUCCCCCCCCACAGCUGAGCCCCAUGCCAGAGGGGCUGACCAACCAUCAGGUUGUCAGGCGCCAUAUCCUCGGCUCCAUCAUUCAGAGCGAGCGGAGCUACUUGGAGUCUCUCAGGAGAAUCUUGCAGGAAUACCAGAGACCAUUGAUGGAAGCUGAUCCACGCAUCUUGAGUCCAAGAAAGAUCCGGCCUAUAUUUUUCCGACUGAGGGAGAUCACCCAGUGCCACUCCAUGUUUCAGAUUGCACUGGCGUCACGUGUGGCCGAGUGGGACAGCAGUGAGAAAAUCGGAGACUUAUUUGUUGCCUCGUUUUCCAAGUCCAUGGUGCUGGAUGUGUACAGUGAUUACGUGAACAACUUCACCAAUGCCAUGGCUCUCAUUAAAAAGGCGUGCAUGUCCAAACCAGCCUUUCUGGAAUUCUUAAAGAAGAAGCAGUCAUCAAGUGUUGACCGGAUCACCCUGUAUGGCCUGAUGGUUAAGCCCAUUCAACGAUUCCCUCAGUUCAUAUUGCUCCUGCAGGACAUGCUUAAGAACACACCAAAGGGCCACGUGGACCGUCUGCCCCUGCAGCUCGCUCUGACAGAGCUGGAGAUGCUGGCCGAGAAGCUGAACGAACAGAAACGAGUCGCCGACCAGAUUGCAGAGACCCAACAACUAGCCCGCAGUGUCAGUGAUCGCCUGCUCAGUAAGCAACUGAACUCGGAGCAGGGGUCACUGGUCCUUUGUGAGACGCUUAUUGAGACUGUGUACGGCGAGCGGGGACAAGUCCUGAAGUCCAAGGAGAGGAAGGUCUUCCUCUUUGAUGAUGUGCUCAUCUGCGCCAACAUAAAUGUCAAGGGGCCUCCGGAUAUCAGCAGCCUGGUCCCUGUCGGCCCCAAGUACACCAUGAAGUGGAGCGCCCCCCUGCAGCAGGUGCAGGUAGUUGAGGUGGGACAGGAGGCGUCUCAAAGCAAAGACACCUUCUUCCAACAGAGCGGGGCCAAGCGGCCAGGUGGUGCCUGCACUUCAGGUAAAGUGAUCCUCGGUCCUCCGCGGCUCUACCAGGAGCUGCAGGAACUGCAACAUGACCUCUCUGUCGUGGAGGAGGUCACCCUCCUAGUGGGCACGCUGCAGGGGAUGUACCAGAACCUGAACACCACUGUGGCACAGGACUGGUGUCUGGCUCUACAGAGGCUUAUCCGCAUCAAAGAAGAACAGAUCCAGAGUGCUAACAAAUGUCGCUUACGCCUGCAGGUGCCCGGCAGGCCAGACAAGUCAGGGCGUCCGGUCAGUUUCAUGGUGGUUCUCAACACGCCCAACCCCCUUAGUAAGAUCUCCUGGGUCAACCGUCUGCACCUGGCCAAGAUCGCACAACGGGGGGAGAAUUCACCAGGCUGGUUGUGUGGAGAGGACGAGGGGAAGACGUUGGCCCCGUUUUGGUGUCCGCUGCUCGCCUGUCACAUGCCUGUCUUUGCUACGAAGUCUCCAGAGAGAAAGGUAAAUCCACUGCAACCCACACACUAAUCCUAUUGCAGAUUA